AUGGAAUCUUCCCCUUUAACACAACAGACUCGCCCCGAAACGUUCCAGCCCAAAAUUGUCCAGCUCUAUGAGAAGCUACUUUUUGAAUCAGCUUCUAGGAAACCACCAGUAAACGAGCAUGCUCUCGAGACGCUAUCCACGUUCCUUGGAGGAGUUUUGACGAAAAAAUAUACGAAUCCAAGCGCAGAUAUCAUUACUAUCCUUGCAGGUUUACAUGAAGUUGACCAAGUUUUUACCGAGUUCGUCUCUGUUUUAGAUGGAAUUAUACGAAAUGGAGCGAAUCUUGAUUUGCGCUUAAAGGCGGUUGAUGCGGCAAUUGCAAUGACAAGCGGUGCAUACAAAACCGGACUCAUUUCUUACUUUAUGCAUCGAGAUUUGUUUCCAUCGUUGAUGAAGUUUGUUCAUGAUUCUGAUGACCCUAUGCAAAUCUUCAAACCUUUCCUAUUACUAGGUCUUCUUGCCAACUACAAUAAAUUUGAAUUUCAAAACCCGUAUCAGCUACGACUUGACGAUUUUGUCAACGAGACAACCAUUUUAAAAAUCGUACGAGGUGUUGGUACCACUUGCACAAUCUUACGCAACUCCUAUGUCGCGGUCCAAGACGAUCUCCCCGAGGGAUGGACCUGGAGUGGUACCUUAGCUUUCUUCGGCCUUGGUGCGCUCGCUGGCAGGUCCAAAAUCCAACCGCUUACCGCCGAGGAAAUGAAAGAACGCUUCGCUGAACUCCAUGUUAUCUCCACCAUUCUCCGUCUUUUAACGUACGUCUCAGCAAACAAAAUCCGCCUACAAUAUCACUGGUCUGAACUAUGGCGUGGCUUGCUCACCUUAACUCGUUUCCUAACCACAUACUCCGCCGACCUGUCCACCGAUCCAAACAUCAAUAUCCUCGUCACAGAUUCAGUCAACCUUCUCGCUUUCUGCAUAUCCGCUGGUGAUACUUUCCUCCCCGACCCCGUCUCUUACGAUGACCUCUUCUAUAAAGUGGUUGAAGCAGGCCCUAUCCUCUCUCGUUUUCACGACGUUUACAAGCAUGCAUUCUCUGCACCAGCUAAAACUACCAAUGGCAAAACCAAUCACGACAACAAGCAAUUUGACGCAGGAAAAUCGCUUUCCACCCUCCUCAAUGUCUCUACUCACUUUCAUUCACUUCUUUUCCUCCCCGAAAAGUCCAAAGAGAGUACCACAACCGAUUCCGUGGCGCCAACUGCCCGGAAUAGUAGGAAGAAAAACCUCAACCCCCGCGAAGUCCAUAACAUUAUUAAAGAAGGGUAUGCUACUCUCAGCAUUGAACCGCGGGAAGAAUUAAGUAAUUGGGAGAAAUGGCGUGAAGCGGACUGGAAAACACGAUUAAAGCGCAUUGCGAGGAUUGCAGUUGAUGAUGCUAGGAUAGUAGUGACAGCUCGUCUGGGCAAUGUGCAAAAUCAAGUGCUAUCAAGUGGCAGUAAGGACCCGAGUGCGCGAGGAGACCCAUAA